AUGGAUUCCAUAGCCGAUUCUCCGAAGAGACUGAGGAAAACCCAUACGGGUGUGAUAUUCGGAUGUCUAUUCGCUUUGGGUUUGAUCUCUGCGUUGGUCGGCGCCACGUAUGAGGACCUGCAGAGCAUAUACGACAUGAAUCUCGGGGAUAUUUCAAGAGUGGCUGUUACGAGGAGCGCCGGAAUUCUGGCAGGCUUCGUAUACCAGCACGUGAACGCGAAAAUCGUCAUAAUAUUUUCACUCAUUCUCGGCGGACUGGGGACAGCGAUUGUCCCUGAUGCUGCACCUCAUUACUGGCUAGCACAUGUGGGUCUAUUCGUGACAGGCUUCAGCGUUGGAGCUCUGGAGGUCGGCUGUAAUGUCUGGCUCGUCCAGCUGUGGGGAGAUGGCGUGAGUCCCAUGCUGCAGAGCUAUCAUGUGAGUUUCGGUGUUGGAGCCCUCUUGGCUCCUCUCCUGGCGGCGCCUUUCCUAGGACCACAAAACAUUGAUACGGCUAAUGUCACUGAGCUCGAAGCGACGUUUUCCGCAACCGGGAUGGAUGUCGCACCACAAGAGAGCUCCCAUAUCGCGAUUCCGUACGCGAUUUUCGGAGGUUUCUACUCUUUCAUGGGUCUCGUCAUGUUGUUCUUCUUCAUGAUCGAUCGCACAGUUCUACGUCAACACCGGGAGCAUCCAUCGGAUGGAGCGGCAGAGCGCUCCACGCUCAGCUUCGAAUGGACUGUAGUUGCGUUGCUCGUCGCUUUCGUAGUUGUUACCGUCACUCUCGAAGGUAUCAUGUCUUCGAUGUUGCCGUCGUUUGUCAUCAAUGAUCCGGCCUUGCGUAUGUCUAAAAGCGACGCCAGCUACCUCCUCUCGCUCUAUUGGGCAUUCUAUACUGGUUCGCGAAUGCUUUCAAUGCUAAUUUCGACGCGACUGAAGCCAAACACGAUCUUAGUCCUGACUCAGAGCAUCGUUGCCAUGGGUGUGGGACUUCUCUUCCUUAUGGUUUUUCCCGAUGUGGCGGGUCGAUGGACGAUCUGGCUCGCCACUGCCAUCAUCGGUUUCGGAAUCUCACCUCUUUAUCCGACUGCAUUCACCUGGACUGUUCGCUACAUCAACUUGAAGUAUGCACACGUGUCAUUCGCUCUCGUGGCUUCAUGUACCGGUGGAUUCCUGCCAACAUAUGUCGUGGCCCCGUGGGUGCAAUCGACAACGAAGGUCUUGCCCGCGGUCUCCUUGCUUUGCGUCGUCCUCCUCACUUGUAUCAUCUACGUGAUGCUGUGGACUACGAGAAGGAGACGUCCAAUUUCUGAGCGAGAUGGUCUGGAUUCCGCAGUUCCGGGUGCGACAUAUGAGGACUUACAGAGCAUAUACCACAUGGAGCUCGCAGAAGCUGCGGAGAUCGCGGUGAUAAUAGGAUCUCUUCUUUGUGCUGGGUGCUUAUAUGAGCAUGUCAAUGCAAAAAUCGUUAUAAUUUUCUUUCUCAUCCUCAGCGGGCUGGGGACUGCCAUCGCUCCCGACGUCGCACUUCAAUAUUUUAUAGCUCAUGCCGGUUCCUUCGCGACAGGACUGAGCGUAGGAGCUCUUGAAAUCGGCAAAUAG